AUGAAAAUCACUGAGGAGGACCUGUGGAUCCGCACCUAUGGUCGACUCUACCAGAAACUGUGCUCCUCCACUGGUGACAUCCCCAUCGGCAUCUACCGCACUGAAGCCCAAAAGUUACCAGUCUCUGAGUCCCAGGUGUCCAUCACAGUGGAGGACUACGAGGACACCAGAGAGCCCAGAGAGCCCCUGCUGUCCCGGAGGGGUCCCCACCGCAACUCCACCUCUUCCGAGCCCCCCUCCUCUUCCUCCCACUCCUCGGACCACCCCCUCCUCCGGCGGAAGAGCAUGCAGUGGGCCAGAAGGCUGAGCAGGAAGGGGGGUCGGGGGCCCAGCGGGUCGAAGGGGGUCACAGGAAGCGCUGCAGAGAGGAUCAGCCAGCAGAGACUGACCCUGUUCAGACGCUCUGAGAGACAGGAGCUCAACUCUCUGGUCCGCACACGCAUGAAACACCUGGGCCUCUCAGCCACAGGAUUCAAUGGGAUGACGGACCAGGGCAACAGGUUGUCUUACAUCCUCAUCAACCCCUCUCCUGACACCAGGCUGGAGCUGCACGAUGUGGUGUACUUGAUCAGACCAGACCCUCUGUCUCUGUUGCCUAACCAGGGGGGCACUAGGAAGGUCAGCAACAGCCGCUCCGAGGGCCACAGGUUCGACACACAGAACAGCACCCAUUUGUGAGCAUAGACAACAGAACUCAGCAGCAUAGGGGGAGUGGAGAGAGAAAUGAGAGAGAGACAGAGAGAGAAACGAGAGAGAGAAAGAGAGACAGAGAGAGUACGCGAGAGAGACAGAGCGAGGGAGAGAAAGAGAGAGAGAAACAGAAAGAGAGCGGGGGGGAUAUACUAUAGGGAAAGACACGUGUUCCACAUCUACUCUGAACAGACAGUCACAGCUGUCACGUUGUUUUGUAUUCUGAAACUCUCAAAUGCAUGGACCUUUUCUACAAGCUGGUUUGUUUCAUUUAUGCACCGUUUCAUUUUUGAAGUGGAGAGCUGGGGACACAGAAGUGCAUUCAAUGACCUUGCUAUUUGUAUUUAUGUAUGUGCAUGUACUGUAUGUAUGUUAUGAGCCAGACACUGACAUUUAUAUCUGGACAGCCAAAGGAACACAUUUCCAAAUGACUGUUAUUUUUCUGUCUCUAUGUGGUUGUGUGUGUCGAGGUGAUUGCAGCCGAGCCAACAGUAUGCUGAUCUGGGGUUUCAUGAAUCUGUUCUGUACCUUUUUAUCUGAUCCUACUGGUACUUUAACUCUCCGUCAGUUCCCACAUUCAUCUUUUAGCUCACCAGCAGCAGAGGAAGCCAAAGAGCAGUGAUCACCUGUCAAUUUCCACAAUUAGAGAGCUAGCAGGCAGACACUAAUGCUGGAUGAUCUAUAACACCAUUUACUGUCUUCAGAAAGAAAGGGAAAAGCUUUGAAGGAGUGACCCAGUCGAUGAGUAUCUCUUGAACAAAGCCAGUAUUCGUUUACUGAUUCAUGUAACUUUAUGGAUAGUUCUAAAUGGCCAAGGCCAGCUUUUCUGUUUCUGUUAAUUAGUUAGUUAGUUAUUUAGUUAGUGUUUACCCUUCCCCACGUCUCCUCAACCAGCUCGCUAUUCUAUUAUUGUCAUGCAUGUUGGAGAGUCAUGCAUGUGGAGACCAAGGUCUUGAAAGCCAUGUGAAUCUUUGUCUGAAACUCAGCAGAGGUUUAUCAGAGAUGGUGGCGCCACCGUGUGGUGAGAAUGCUGCUCAGCAUCCAUGCACUACAGUGCCCUCAUUCAGUGCUGUUUCAACAGAUAUGGAAAUAUGUAUAUAUUAAAGUUGCUAUACAUCUACUCUUUCAAUGGCUCAGUUUGAUUUCCAAUUCAUUUUCAAAGCUGUCAUUAUACUCUCACACUGUAGCCAGGCUUGGCUGCCCUGCCAUCUUGUUCCCCCAGUUAUGGCUUGCUGUGAUCAUAUGUUUGUAUUGGUGCCAGUCUGCUCUGAAGGCUAUGCAUAUCAAUAGAGGUGUUUUCCUACCCUUAUGAAUCCCCUAAUGGUCUGAAUGCAGUCUCCGA